AGUCUAUGGAAAUAGUAUUUGUUUUCAAUGGGAUUUGCGUUUUUGUGAUUUUUCUGGAAAUUCUAUUAGAAUAUUGAUUUCCCCGACUAUUGUUAAAAAUAUCAUUAUUAAUUACUUUAUUUGCUGUGCAGAAAUAAACAUCAUCAACUGUUUCCCAGUAUUCAUUGUGUGCAAGUGAAAGGCUGAACCAGUGAGUGGAAAUCUAACGGGAGCCCCCGUUUCUAUUUGGGACCUAAAAACUUAUUAUGCCUCAUGAUUUGAAAGAGCUGGGUGUAAGGAAAGCAAUUAUGGCUCCCUUAUCGCCAACGCCGUGUGCUGAGAUCAGCGAUGACGAGCUGGUCUCCAUCUCAGUACGAGACUUAAAUCGGCAGCUCAAGAUGAGAGGUCUAACUCGAGAUCAGAUUGUCAGAAUGAAACAACGUCGAAGAACCCUCAAGAACAGAGGCUACGCUGCCUCGUGCCGCAUCAAACGAAUAGAGCAGAAGGAUGAACUGGAAACGGAAAAAAGUCAGGAAUGGCACGACAUGGAACUAAUGCAAGAAGAGAACACCAGGAUCCGUGAGGAGAUUGAGGCACUACGCAGCAAGUAUGACGCGCUCAAGAGAUUCGCCGUCAUGAAGAACAUUCCGUUGCCGCACGAACUUGAAAUGAUGCCGUAGUUUGUACGUAAUUAGUAGUUGUAGUGAAAGCAGUUUUAGAAAGAUGUCUACUGUUUUGGUAAAUUAAUAAGGUUUGUUUAAUGAAUUAGCUUGUUUCCUAAAAGAAACUUCUUAGUCCGUCAAUUAUAUUAACCAACUAGCUUUCCGCCCGCGGCUUCGCACGCGUGGACUACAUUAUCUACAUAUUUUACGAAACCCUAUUUUUUUCCA